UUUCAGCAUAUUUGCAUGGCGUCAUCCAUGUUUAGAUCUCCUUGUAAGAUUCCGGGGAUGAAAGGGUUUGAGCAGAAGAGCUACGUUGGACGUAAAGCAACGUCGUGUAACAUCAGAACUAAUCCUUUUCGAAGCACAGAAGUUGCUUGUCAAUUGCAAAAGAUCGACUCCACUUUGAUUUGGCCGGUACAUGCUCCCGAGGUGCCUCCAGUUCCGAGUAAACCAGCCGCACCUGUGAUUGAUCAGCCGCUUCUGCUAAGCCGACGUGCACGUCGUAACCGCAAGUGCCCUAUCCAGAGAGAUGCGUUUCAAGAGACUAAUAUCUCUCCUCCCAAUUUCAUUUACCCUCUCUUCAUUCACGAAGGUGAGGUAGACAUUCCGAUAAGAACGAUGCCUGGACGUUACAUGCUUGGGAGAGAUGGCCUCAUCGAAGAGGUAGCAAGCGCCCGAGACGUUGGUGUGAAUAGUAUAAUGUUGUAUCCUAAAGUUCCUGAGGCGUUAAAGUCUCCAACAGGGGAAGAGGCGUUAAACGACAACGGUCUAGUUCCUAGAACAGUUCGUCUUCUCAAGGAGAGAUUCCCUGAUCUCGUUAUCUACACUGAUGUCAAUUUUGAUGAGUACUCAUCAAGUGGGCAUGGCGGGAUCGUACGUGAAGAUGGCGUGAUACUGAAUGAUGAAACAAUUCACCAAUUGCGGAAGCAAGCAGUUUCUCAGGCACGAGCUGGAGCAGAUGUUGUUUGUACGAGUGAGAUGUUGGAUGGUCGGGUAGGCGCGGUUCGUGCAGCUCUAGAUGCUGAGGGCUUUCAGCAUGUGUCCAUCAUGUCUUAUUCUGUCAAGUAUACAAGUUCGUUAUAUGGCCGUUUUCGCAAAGUGGAAUUAGACAAGAAAACUUAUCAGAUAAACCCCGCAAAUUCAAGAGAGGCAUUGCUCGAAGCCCGAGAAGACGAAUCUGAAGGAGCUGAUAUCCUUAUGGUGAAGCCAGCACUCGCAUCUCUUGAUAUCAUACGUUUAUUGAAGGACCAAACUCUGUUGCCCAUUGGAGCUUGCCAAGUCUCUGGUGAGUACUCCAUGAUCAAAGCUGCUGGACAUCUCAAGAUGAUCGAUGAGGAAAAAGUUAUGAUGGAGUCACUGAUUUGCAUGCGCAGAGCUGGUGCUGAUCUCAUUCUUACAUACUUUGCUCUUCAAGCUGCUACAAUAUUAUGCGGCGAGAAUAGAAAAUUUGUAUUCAAAUAGUCAUUGGUUUUUAUUUUUCUUGCGUUUGGGUUCAUUUCAUGUUUAAAAUUCAUAAAACUUUAUUUCAUAUAAAUUCAUAACAUUUAUAUUUUUGUAUGAAUGUGCAAA